AGAAAUGUCAUCUGUUCGCGGUGGACAGUCAUGGCGUCAUACGUUGCAGUCUGCAGACCACAACGAGAUGCGAGGUUAUACUUCUCAAUAUAUAGAGAUAUAAGGUAGAUACGUAGAUAUAUGCAUUGUCUUUGAAUCCGUUUAUUUUCAAAGUUCUAUACUUCGUAUUCAAACGAGUGUUGAAAAAUGCCUGUUCUUCCAUCAUUGGAGAAUUCCUCCUUCGACGCGGACAUCCGCGACCGGCAUCUCAUCUACGACUAUGCAGCGCACGACGCGGCGGGGAACCCAGAGAAAUGGCGGUACGAAAUGUGGUUCUUCAACGAGGAUCGCAUCGUGUACGCCAUUCACGGCGGGCCGAUGGCCGGGCGCCGUAACUUCCAGACGGCCACGUACCAGUGCGUCCGGCCCGGCGAGCUGUGGCAGUGCAGCUGGCUCGAGGAGACGGGCACCAUCUGCUCGAUGGUGUACGAUAUCCCUAACGGGCGGAUCAGCACCUUGAUUGGCUUCUCCAAGGGCCACUGGGAGAAUGCAGAGAUGGCACACGGCGACAAGCGCAACCCGGCCGAUUUCGAGCGGUGGCGAGGGUUGGCGAAACUCGGUGUCCAAACCGACCGGCAUAUGCUCAGCGAGCAGGCGGAAAUCCUGCAGGAUUUCCGGGGACCGGGGGAUUUGAAACCCAUUGAUAUGAGUUGGCCGACUUUGUAGCGGCCUUGGUCCUGUGGAUGUAUCUGGUCCGCCAGAUUAAUCAUCGAUGUAUUUUUAUCGUGAUGAUGCUAGACUUCGCGGCGUUGGAUCAGGGGUCGAUUAUUUGUUGGAAAUGAAAAGUCCUGUCUGGCCGGAAAAUGCUAAAAAUCCAUGAGCCGUUUGUUUUUGAACUUGUCGAUAGCAACUUC